CAUGGCUUUCCUGAAGGAUGGGAACCACACUGCAGUGACAGAGUUCAUUUUAUUGGGAUUAGCAGAUGAUCCAGUCCUUAGAGUCAUCCUCUUCACCAUCAUCCUGUGCAUCUACCUGGUGACUGUGUCUGGGAACCUCAGCACCAUCCUUCUCAUCAGAGCCUCUCCCCAACUCCAUCACCCCAUGUACUUUUUUCUCAGUCACUUGGCUACUGUUGACAUAGGCUACUCAUCUUCUGUCACACCCAAUAUGCUUGUCAACUUCCUCGUAGAGAGAAACACCAUCUCUUACCUUGGGUGUGUCAUCCAGCUUGGCUCAGCUGCUUUCUUUGGAACAACUGAAUGCUUCCUUCUGGCUGUGAUGGCUUAUGAUCGCUUCAUGGCAAUCUGUAAUCCACUGCUGUAUUCAACCAAAAUGUCCACGCAAGUCUGUAUCCAAUUGGUUGUAGGAUCUUACAUAGGGGGUUUUCUUAACACUUCCUGCUUCACCUUUUCUUUCUUUUCUUUUCUAUUCUGUGGACCAAAUAUAAUCAAUCACUUUUUCUGUGAUUUUGCUCCUCUGAUGGAACUCUCCUGUUCUGACGCCAGUGUCUCUGGAGUUGUUAUCUCAUUUUCUGCUGGCACAGUCACUAUUACCACACUUUUGGUCAUAGCCAUAUCUUAUGUUUAUAUCCUCAUUACCGUCCUGAAGAUGCGCUCCACCGAGGGCCGCCACAAGGCCUUCUCUACCUGCACCUCCCACCUCACUGCAGUCACUCUCUACUAUGGGACCGUUACGUUCAUUUAUGUGAUGCCCAAGUCCAGCUACUCCGCAGACCAGAACAAGGUGGUAUCUGUGUUCUACAUGGUGGUGAUCCCCAUGUUGAACCCCCUCAUCUACAGCCUCAGGAGUAAUGAGAUGAAGGAUGCUCUGAAGAGACAGCUUAGUAAAAAACCAUUUUCUUAA